GAUUCAACUGCGAUAGGUUGUGAAAAGCCGUCAUUUGACCACGCAUUCCAUGAAACGUGUCAUGUAUCAUCCUGAACACUGAGCGUAUUCAUCUACCUUGACAAGUGCAAAAGAUUAGUUGCCCAGUAUAGCACAGAAACGUCGUCAAGGUUUUAAGCCAAGCCAAGUCCACAUUGAAGUCCUUCGAGAUUGACGCCGCUAGACUAAUAAGAGCUCCUUAUGUCGGAUUAUGAGUAUCGCGGCCCAGAGCCGCUAAACAGAGAGCCAGAGCUAAAGGAGCUACUGUCAAACUAUAUCACUGUGAAAGACCCUUACGACCGUAAUCACGGACCAAUACCGCAUUUGAAUGUGUCCGAACACAUCGUCGUGGUUGACGGUGCUGUAUCCGAGCGCCUCACGUUGACAAUCAAUCAAUUGAAGAACGAUUUCAACCAACAUGAAGUGCUGUGCGCAUUACAGUGUGCUGGAAAUCGGCGCCAUACCAUGCGUACUAAGAUCAAAGAGGUCCAGGGUAUCGAUUGGCUGGAUGGUGCCGUUAUGAAUUGUGUAUGGAAAGGCCCACGACUACGAGACGUACUUGAAAAAGCCAAAAUUGACGUGACGAUGCGGGAUAAAGAUACAGGAGAGUAUACUGGCUACACGGAGUUUGCUUGUUUCGAGCAAGAGGUCCAAAAGGACCGGUGGUACGGAGGCUCCAUUGAGCUUCAGCGAGCAAUGAAUCCGGAUGCGGAGGUUAUUCUUGCACUCGAAAUGAACGGUAAACCGCUCACUGCUGAGCACGGCGCUCCAGUACGAGCGAUUGUGCCAGGCGUGGCCGGCGCUAGAAGUGUGAAGUGGCUGGACAGAAUAACUGUGCAGCGCGAGCAUAGUAAAAACUUUUACCAGCAGCACGAUUACAAAAUACUCCCCCCCGAGGUCACGGACCAGACCAUCGCGGACGAAUACUGGCAAAAGGUCCCGCCGAUGACGGAUAUGCCUGUCAACUCGAGUAUUGGAGUGCCCGAGGAUGGGGCCGUUGUGAAAGCUGACUCGGAGGGGCUCGUAGAAGUCAGGGGAUACGCUGUUCCCCAUGGCAGCGACGGUCCUGUACAAAGGGUUGAAGUCAGUGGAGAUGGAGGAAAAACCUGGGUUGACGCUGAAUUGGACUUUGGUGGAUAUGGAGACCCUAGGGAUGUUAAGUCGAGGCCUAAGAUAAAGUGGGCGUGGUGUCUAUGGACGGCAAAAGUCAAGGUUCCGCUAGGCAAGGGGCAGCGAAUUGUAAGCCGCGCAACGGAUUGCGGAGGCCAUACUCAGGAAGAGCAGGGUACGUGGAACUUGAGAGGCGUAGCGUAUAAUGGUUGGGGGGAAGUGAGGAACUUGACGGUCAUAUGAUGCUCUCUCAUAUACAUCAGUCUAGUGGGGAAUAUUCAAAUACUUGCCGCGCC